UAUAUAACUUUUGUUCAUAUUUGACCUUGAGCGCGAAUCUGAGGCAAGGCACACAUAUUGAUGAACACAAGAGCUGUUUAGUGCUCAGAGCCCCGGCUGUACAGGAUGCCUCCAGUACAGCGGAAAGGUGCAAAGCUCGCCAAAGCGGACCGAGAUGAUGAUGCACUUUUACAAAAUUCCAACGCUGGCUGGACUGAUUGGACCGAUUCGUUCAUUGUGCUCCAGGCCUUGCAGUGGCUUUCCAAGCGCGCCUUUGAGAUCUGUCGUGCUCAGGAUACAAAAUCCAAGAAAAAAAAUGACGAGCCCGAGCUGCCAUUUAAGGUGGCCGCCGCUCAGUAUGUUCAGGCACACAAGGUACCUUUAGGCCUAAUGGCCAUUUUUGUGGCUACUUGUGCCAUCAUAAUUGCUGGCGAGAAUCUGGACAAACAGACCGAUCGCCAGGUGGAAACAGUGGAGGACUAUUACGGUGUUCUUGGAGUGACUCGUGAUGCCGAGACAGGUGACAUCAAGCGUGCCUACAAGACACUGGCAAAACGAUGGCACCCAGACAGGAACCCCAACUGCAGCUCUUGCCAGGAGACUUUUUCUAAGAUUGCAGUCGCCUAUGAGACGCUGUCAGAUGAGCCAAAGCGUGCAGCUUAUGAUGAAGUCGGAGGGGCAGCGGCUUCUGAACUCAAAUCUCCGAAAAGCGUACCUUUAAACAAAGACAAUUUUCAUGAACUGGUGACUUUCUCCAAUGAUGUGUGGAUUGUUCAGGUGUUUCGACCAGACAAUUCCCACUGCGCUUCCUUCCACCCUUUUUGGGAGAAUCAGAUCCAGAAGUAUGGGCACCUUGUACGAUUUGGUCGUAUCGAUAUUACGGACGACCAAGCCAAAUGGCUUCCUUUGAAGGUGCGUGUACUACCAACAGUGCUGAAGUUCGGAAAACAUUUGGGCAGUGUGGAGAUUUUCCCCAUCACCCAGAUGCACGAGACUCCACAGGCUUUGAUGAAGUUUGUGCUAACUUCGUUCCCGAAUAUUGGCUUGCCACUCCAUUCAGACAAGGCAGCUCUGACUGGAUGGCUUGGCAGAACUUCCCGCCACCACAAGGUGCUUUUUGCAAUACCUGGAAAGAGCGAGGAAGAGCGUUACAAAUCGCACCUCAUUUGCCGCAAGCUCGCUGCCAGGUGGUCUGACAUUUUUGAAAUGCGCUCUGCCGAGACUGCGCUUCUUCACCAGCUAGCUGGGCUUCCAGAAAUCAAGGGAUCUUUGCCUCCAAAGAACGAGUCUAGCCAUAGAGGUGCUGUGCUUUUCUUUCCAGCGGCAGGGGCUACAGUACCAAAGGCUUUUGCCCUCUUUGAUUGGCCGACGAGUGAAGAGGAAAUCGUUUUGGAACUUUUACGCUUCACAGAGAAGGUUGCCGUGCCGGUGAGCGUCCAGAAUGCUGAGCUUAUGUGUCGAUCUUUGGCCAUUCGGCGCGUCUAUUGCUUAGUGCUUGUGGAUGCACCGGAUACAGCCAUGGCACGUGCUGCAGCAGAUCUUGAAGCGUCAAGAAAGCAGUACCAGGGGGAGGUUGCAGAAAUCCGUGCAGGUGGAGGAGAGGUCGCAGAGGAUGAAGACAAUUUUGUAGUGCCAUCUCUGCGGCUGUUGAGGCACCCUUCCCUACAGCCCUCUGUUGCUUCUUGCUAUGCGCCAAAGUUCUCACAGGUGGAAAAGGCUUUAGGUGCAUCGAGUGCUUUCUUGAUGGACAUGGACACUUCGCGGAUCGCCCCUUUGCGAUUGUCGUCCUUUCGUGGCCUUUACCCUCAAAUUGCUUAUGAGGACAGUCUCACCUGGGUAGAUGGCCUGGAUCCAAUCAGGUCUUUACCAGACUGCAGCGAAGGUUUACGACAGCGCUUUAUGCGGCAUUUGGCCAAAGCCUCCAUUGGUGAAAUAGCAUGGCAGCUGCUCUUUGCCAUUUUCUGGGUAGAAGCACUCGCCAAGGCGCUUACCAGCCAGUCACUGCGCUGGUGGCUGGGUGUUCUGGGAAUGUCUUUGGCUGUACUUAUCAGAUCUCCAGCCUUUUGGCGUCACUUGGAUCAAUAUGUUCCAGGUUUCCUCCGAGCAGCUCAGCUUAUUGAGCUUCAACCUUAACCAGACAGACAAAA